GAAGGACACGGUCAGGCCUUGCUUCAUGGAGAAGGCUCCGUCUGAAGUUCUGAUUGCGUCUCAGAGUCUCCGUCUUAACUCUCUUCCGCAGAUCGAAGAAGGCAACCGAUCCGGAAGAUGACCAGCUGGUUGUCGUCCGUCGAGAAGAUGAAGAGGUGAAUGGUGAUGCCCGCGGCCGCGGGAGCGGAGGGGAAGCUGCUGUGCGUCGUCUGCCUCGUCCCGCGCCCGGAAGAUCCACCCGUGCAGGGAGAUUAUGUGGAACAACGUGUGCAGCACAGCAUCAAGCGCCUUGGUUACGUUCUCGAUGCUAAAUAGUUCACUUACGUAGCACUUCUGCAGAGGAAUGAUACGUAGGUAUGGAUAAAUCAUAAAUGGCUGACUAUCUAGAAACAUUUUUGUUGGUGGUGUAAUUUCCUAACACCACUUUCCAGUUUCAGACUUAAGCCCGUUCACCCAAAUCGCGUCUCCGAAAAGUCCAAUCUGAACCCCAGACCCAAAUUGUAACGGCGAGAUGUUUAAUUUCUCAUUGAUACGUACCACACGGCAGGUGCGGUCCACUAUAUUAAGUUGAUGAGUAUUUGAAUGAUAUAGAUUGCCCCCAUUAAGAAAAUGUAUCGUUGAUCAUGCUCAUCUUUUUAUUUGUAAGUGGACUCCAAUCCCUUGCUCCUCCUUUUUGUCCUUGACUUGUUCAUAUAGGAUGUCUGAAAGACGCCAACAAAGUCUUGUUAUAUUAAUUUGAUUGUUGGAAGAUAAGCAAUGACAUUGUACACAAUCCCAGCGGUGACAACCGGAGAAAGAAUAACAUUGAUCAAGCAUACAAUCUCUUUAGGGCAUCUCCAGCCGCGCCGCCAACAGGCCCUCCCCAGACGAUUUUUUCGCGCCGGCGCCCAAAACGCCCAGUCGCGCCCCCAAGAGCCUGUUUUUCGGCGGCUUGAGCCGAAAUUGGUGCCGGCGUACUCAGGCCGAACCGGGGGCGCCGGGGCGAGUGGUUUUGGCACGAACGGGCUGCGGGCCCGCCGAGUCAGCGACACCCGCCUCGUCGUCCUCACAAACGCCUCGGUUUCCCGCGGGGAAUCAAUGGCAAGGAUGCCACCGGUCAGCCUUCUAUUGAUGCCUCACGGGCGGCAUGGCGACGCCCCCCUUCCGCCAUGCGUACACACGGCGCCCGGCUAUAAAAAGCAGCCUCUCCCUCGCCUCUGGCCACACCGCCCACAGCUCCGCCGCCGAGCUCUCUGCCUCUCUCCCCGCGCACAGCCGCCCACUCUCUUCCCCCUCUCUCCCCGUGCCCUCCUCCCCGAGACGAUGGCCGAGCGGUUCCCCGGCGAAUGGGCGGCGGCGAACGGCUUCGGCCGCCGCUCCCUUCACGAGUGGGAGGCUUAUCUUCUUUUCGAGGCCAACAUCCCGGCGCCUCCCAACAUGCGCGUCGGGCCGUCGGGUUGGAGGCUUAGCGCCGGCGGUGUCCCCAUUUGCCCGGUGCCCGACGUCGACGCGCGCCCCGACCUCUUCGCCGCCGAGGUCGACCACGUUUGUGCGUCAAUGACGGACGAGCAGCGGGCCCUCCCGCAGUACGCCGCCGGCAACCAUGGGGCAUGGGCGGCGUACUUUCAGCACUGGCAGGCGCAACGGAUCGCCUCCACCAACGGGGCGCCGACGGUCAGGGGCAGACAGAACAACGAGGGGCGCCGCCUGUGGUGGGGUGCCCCCGGCCGCUCGCUUCACGCCGUCCUCCAGCACCUCGAGGGCGGCAACGACCCAUCCAUGCCUACCCUCCCGCCCCGGCCCGGAACGACGACUAGUGGAUGCCGAGGAGGGUGGCGUCCACUUCUUCCUCCUCCUCCCGUUCCUCCUCGUCGGGGUCGCCGUCGCUGCUCAACGUCAAGGCCGAGCCCGGCGAGACACCGCUCGGCCGGUGAACACACAACGCCGGCAUCGUCAUCAACGAUGGCGGGCGCGCCUCCUCCUCGGCCCCUUCCCGCUUCGUCAAGCCGAAGACGGAGCCCAGGCUCACCGCGGUGAAGACGGAGCCGGGGCUCACCGGUCAAGACGGAGCCGGGCCUCUCCGAGGAGGCGGCGUUGAAAUGGGCGUGCAAGGACUGGGCGCAGACGGAGCUAGAGCGCCAGUGCCGCGCCCUAGAGCAGUACUCCGCUCGGCGCCGGGGCCGCGACAAGGGAGGAGUCAUCGUCCUCGACGACGACGUGUCGCCACCGGUCCGCCAGGGCGACGACAGACAGGGGUCCAAUAGGGGCGGCAGCGGCCGCGUCAAGGAGGAGAAGGACGACGGCGAUGGCGGUGAAGGCAACAGCGACAGCGACGAGGACUUCGCCGCGCUCAGCGCGUUUUUCCUGUAGCUAGGUUUUUUUCUUAAGUCUGCUAUGUAAAAACAUGUUAAGCGCCGAAGUUUAUUGUAAGUUUGCUAUAUUUUGCCGAAAUUUAUGCCCGUUUGCCGAAUUAUAGCGGAACUUAUGUUUAAAAAGAAUUAAAAAAAAACUUCUGGGCGACCCUCGGGCCGGCGACUCGGAACCCGAUCGGUCCCAAGCCAAUUUUUUCUCCGGGUCACCCCCAGGCGGAGAAUUUUCGAGUCCCCUAGGGGGCCAACGGCUGGAGAUGCUCUUACACUUGUCUUCGCUUAAUAAUAUCCUCACUGCACCAAAUCCCUUAUCACCACUAUCUGCUUGUGUCCUGCUUCUUAUAUCUCCAUAUGAUUGACAGCUUAGAAUCUUAUUAUCAGUUAUGAAUCCUCACAUCGUAAACCUACUACUUUCAUGCACUUAAUUGUUCCAAGCUACUAUUAUCCAUGAGCUCAUCCAAAACCAUUCCAAAAAAUUGGAUGGGAAAAUGUGGAUAUAAAUGUGUAUUCAUAUGACUGGUCUUCGUAUUGCUAGUGAUAUUUGUUUUUUGCGAAUCUAUUGCUAGUGAUAUAUAUCAGCAUUUAUUUCAUGCAUCAUGCUCAUAUUCAUGAAAACAUCACGAGACUGAGAUAAAUCAAGUCGAUGCUCUUUGGCCUAAGAGCCAAUUUGCAGAAUUGUGCUAUGAUGAAUUUGUCUUGUGAGCUUAGUGUCAUGUUUGGACUCGGUUACUAUUUAAACCACUACCAAUGUACACUUACCACACAAUAAAAACUUUUUUUCUAGUAGCAAGAAUGAGAUUAUAAAGUCAUUUUCUAUUGAUCGAUUAUUUUAAGAUCAUAUUGUGAAAUAGAAAAAGAUGUUAAAACAAUUUAACUAAUCAAAUUUGUCAUGAUCCACCAAAAUGUCAAAUGCAGCUAAGAGUAUGAGGUGGCCACUUGAUUCUCAUUAGAAGACGUCAGUUGUUUAUUUUCCCAAUAAUUUUGUAGACAACUCAACAUCCUUUGUAUUAAUGCUUUCAGCACUUGUUCUCAUAUUUGCCUCAUAAAGAAUCUGAACAUUGCUCAUAUUAUAAUUGAUGUGUCAGUGCGUUCUGACUAUUUGUUUGUGUAUAUCCUCUUCGAUAUCAAUUGUAUUUGCUCCAAUGGUUAUCAACUGUAUUUGCACCAAUGGUUAUGAGCUGUGGAUACUUCAGCAUCCAUUAUCCUUAAUUUGUCUAUCUUAACCUUUUGUGUUGCCUAAGUUUUGUCCAUCUUAACUUUUUCCCCCUAAACAUCUAUCCCAGCGCCUACCUUACAUAUCCCAAUUUUUCUUAAAUGGGGGUGAUUGUUGUCACUUGAGCGCAAAAAAAAAGUACAAGACGUGAUUUAUUUGUCAAUCUUAGAUGCCAAGAUAAGUUGCUAGACAUGAUGGAAGUGGAUUUUUGUUCUGGCCUUUAUGGGCUUCCAUUCUAAAAAUAAAGCAAGGCAGCAAAAGUAUAAGUUUCAUAUGGAGAUUUUUUUUAGAAAAGGGGGGCUCCACGGCCUCUGCAUCAGAACGAUGCAUACGGCCACAUUUAUUUAAUAAAUAGGUUCAAUAAUAUCUCAAAGUCUGGAAAUGUAAAUAAAAGCGAGCUCACACAGAGCCUCAACACAAACAGACAAAAAGCCACAUAGCCACAACCGGCUGACAGUAUAAAGACAGGAAAACUAAUCAUCUAUCUUAUUACAUGACCGCCAUCCAAACCGGUUGAAGAUAUCCCGCGCAACCAUCUCCCACCGGACAGAUCCAGUAACCAAACGCUCCCUGGGCGCAAUCGGAGUGAGUAAGGACCACAAACGGAUCAGCGCCGUGGCACGGAA